GCAUGUUGCUCCCAUGCUUUUUCUCUAGCAAGUGCUGCAAGCUUGUUGGCCGCAAGUGCGAGCAAAAAUUUCCACUGAAGGCUGAGGGGAUGAGCGAAUAACAACCUCAAAUACGAAGCCACUGAUGCCCUUCAGACAUUUCUCGACCCAGGCCGCCAACCUGCUUAUCCGGCACCUCAGCAAGAAAAUGAAGUACAUCCUUGUGACCGGCGGUGUGAUCAGCGGCGUGGGCAAGGGGGUCAUCACCAGCUCCUUCGGCACCAUCCUGAAAAACUGCGGCAUCCACGUGACGUCCAUCAAGAUCGACCCAUACAUCAAUAUUGACGCAGGCACAUUCUCGCCCUAUGAACACGGAGAAGUCUAUGUUUUGGAUGACGGAGGAGAGGUGGAUCUCGAUCUUGGCAAUUAUGAGCGUUUUUUGGACAUAACGCUACACAGAGACAACAACAUUACCACAGGAAAGAUUUAUCAGCACGUAAUCAACAAGGAACGGCGUGGAGACUACCUGGGAAAAACUGUUCAAGUGGUGCCUCAUAUAACAGAUGCAAUUCAAGAAUGGGUCGAGCGUGUUGCGCAGCAGUCAGUCUGCGAAACGAAUAAAGAACCUGAGGUUUGUCUAAUUGAGCUUGGAGGAACAAUUGGAGACAUCGAAGGCAUGCCCUUCGUUGAAGCCUUUCGGCAGUUCCAGUUUAGGGUCAAGCGCAACAACUUUUGUUGUGUGCAUGUUUCUUUGGUGCCUCAGCCACGCUCAACUGGCGAGAGCAAAACAAAACCCACCCAGUCCAGCGUCAGGGAGUUGAGAGGCCUGGGAUUGUCCCCUGACCUCAUAGUUUGCCGCAGCGAAAUGCCCAUUGGCCAGUCUGUCAAGGAUAAAAUUUCUAACUUCUGUCAUGUGUCUGCAGAGCAGGUUAUUUGCAUUCAUGAUUGCUCCUCCAUUUACCACGUUCCAAUUCUGAUGGAGAGCCAGGGCAUUGUUGAUUUCUUUAAUCAAAGACUGGAUUUGAACAUUGAUAUGCCUCGUCCGAGGAAAUUUAUGCAGAAGUGGAGGGACCUUGCUGAAAGGAAUGACAAUCUCCAGAAAGAGGUGAACAUUGCCCUUGUUGGAAAGUACACCCAACUGGAGGACUCGUAUGCCUCGGUCACCAAAGCACUUCAGCAUUCGGCUAUUGCAGCGGGCUACAGGUUGAAACUGAAGUAUAUCGAAGCGGCCAAUCUGGAGGAAGAAACGAAAUUCAAAGAUCCAGUGUUGUACCACGAAGCUUGGCAACAGCUUUGUAAAAGCAACGGUGUGAUUGUACCAGGUGGUUUUGGAAAAAGAGGAAUUGAAGGCAAAAUCCAGGCAUGCUUGUGGUGCCGCAAAACUCAAAAGCCAUUCCUGGGAAUCUGUCUUGGCCUGCAAGUAGCCACGAUUGAGUUUGUACGCAACGUUCUACACUGGGACAAUGCCAACUCGACUGAAAUCAAUCCAGAAACACAGUACCCAGUGGUCAUCGACAUGCCGGAACAUAACCAAGGCCAGAUGGGAGGAACUAUGCGUCUUGGAAAGCGCCAGACUAUAUUCACUUCGGACAAAUCUGUUCUGAAAUCACUUUAUGGAAACGCAGAAUUUGUUGAGGAGAGGCAUCGUCACAGAUAUGAAGUGAAUCCGCAGUUUGUGAAAGAAAUCGAAGCUGCAGGAAUGAAGUUUGUCGGCAGAGAUGUCGAAGGUGAAAGAAUGGAAAUCAUGGAGCUUGAGGGUCAUCCAUACUAUGUGGCUACUCAGUUCCAUCCUGAGUACUUAUCCAGACCUUUAAAACCGUCGCCACCAUUCCUUGGAUUUAUUCUUGCUAGUGUAGGCAAGUUGAAUCACUUUUUGGCCAAGGGUUGCCGAUUCACUCCCAAAGAACUCUCAUCAGAUGACAGCCUCUCAGAUGAGGAGGUUCAAGUUACUUCAACCUUCCAAAAAAUUGCUAUCAACGGAGACGUGUGCCAGUGAAUUUUAUCAACGUAAACUGCUUUUAAAUGAAUAAGUUGCCUUAUUGGCUUUUUAAUUGCAACAACAUGUGAACUAAAUUUUAAAUCUUUGAAAUGUAUUUAAUGUGCAAUUCCAAACUGUGCAAUCUUUUAUGGGUUGUGAAAAUAAAAAAUGACCUUACUAUACCUCUGAAUGUAGAAAU